UUGCAACUUCCACAAUUGAUUCAGACGCCCCUUGGAUCCUCCACGCCAAUCUUAAUGACUUAGACUUUUGAGCUCUAGAUUUCCACAUCCAUUACAUUUCUAAACCCCCCAAUCCUUAUUUUCGUUCAACGGCAAAUAUUGCAGCAGUUCGACAGCCAUGGCGUCGCUCAACAUGGCUCCCGAGGAGCUUAAGCAGCUGGAGCUGUUGCGCAACCGCUUCGCGCAGCUCACAAGUAGCCUUGCCAGUCUCCGAGCAAAUAUUCUAAACUCCAACCCUCUUCCUCCGAGCGAGUCCCUCCAAGCAUCCGCCUCCAUCCUCCAGCGAAAUAUCCGGUCUAUGCAGGAGCUAGCAACCGAGAAUGCCGAGCUCUUCCAACGCCUCGUAGUCCAUCCGUCGACGAACUUCCCCGGCCGCACACAGGAGCACGUGCUCCUCUCGCUACUGCGUAAAAAGCUCGAACCGGACAUCGAGAGCUUAGUCGAAGAAGCCCGGGAGACCGCCCAGGCGGCCGGCUUAGACGUCAGCCAGCUACCCGCCGGCGCGCACACGAGGGACGAAGACUACUAUGGCCAAGAGGAGGAUAUCCCAAUGGACCCAUUCAGCGAGCAGUGGGCCGAUAUGCAAGACGCUUUUCAAGAAGCCUUACAACAAUACGUGACCGUGCAGGGCAAGAGGAAAUACACCGUUGAAGAGCAGGCCAUGGGCAUUGAGAACGUGCGGACUGGCCUGAAGCAGAACUUGGAGAGCGAUGAGGAAGACGAGGAUGAGGAAGAGGAAGAAGAGGAGGAUGAGGAUGAGGUCCAGAUCGUCGAGGCGCCCGGCGGCCGUGGGGGACCUGCUGGAGGCUCUGAUGCUGCGGGCGGAAAACCAAACCUGGAGCCUGAGCACCUGUUUUGGCUGGCCGCGAGAGGCAACAUCAACUUACCACCGAACGUCCCGCUCGGAUCGCGACCUCAAGAAGCCGGGAUAUCGAAACGGUCAGCUCCGCCAAGGUGACCGUGUCAGGCCCGGUCGGGCAUUCUAUCCCUAAUGAUUCAUACUCGGCACUAUGGUAAUUAUGUUACGACGAACUCUGGUCUUCGACGAACCCAGCUUUGGUUCAGUCGGCAUAAACAUACUGCAUUCGACCACCGAGUCUAGCCAUCUUUCGCCUGGCAAGAUAUCAUGAACUCGCGGGUGCUCGUUUAUGACGUUAUCGGUGCGAUGCCUGGCUUUAGAUCACAACCACGUAUGUGCCCUUUGCGGCUGAGCUUCAACCACACCGCAAUCUGCAUCGUUGGGGCUUUCAAUCCCAUGAUGCAUGUCG